AUGGAAGCAAGUCAAAAGGAUGAUGAGGACUCAGGGUACAAGACCCCCCGUCGUGCGAAUAGUGAGGGAGGCAGUAGCUCUACUCGACGGUCAAGCAUUGGGAGCGAGGGUGGGAGUGAGGCAAGCAACAGCGACUCCAAACCACGAUCCUCCUCUUCGAAGAAACGAAAACGAGCGUCUCCAGCAGAUGAAGCUGGCUCAACCUUGCAGGAGAGAUGGGAUGAAAUGUAUGAGAGGUUGCGAGCUUACAAAGAAGCCAAAGGGGAUUGCAAUGUACCCAAUAGGUACCCACCCGAUCCGCAGCUAGGAUUUUGGGUUUCCACACAGCGGCGGCAGUACAGAGUUUUGACAUCAGGGGGGAGUACUUCGUCCGCAUUGACGGUUCAAAGAGCACAAAAGUUGAUGAACCUGGGUUUUGAAUGGAGCGCCAAAGACCCACGGAUGGUGCCUUGGGAAACUCGCUACAGCCAACUACAGGAGUUUGUGGCAAAACAUGGGCACGCUCAAGUGCCAAUUGGGUGGGAAGAGAAUGUACCGCUGUCAAAUUGGGUCAGUAAGCAGCGCCAGGAGUAUAAACUGCUGCAGAAGGGGAAAGCAUCUCGCUUGACGGAUGACAGGAUAGAAAAGCUCAAGGCGGUCGGGUUUGUUUGGGAAGCCAAACGUGGCGCACCUCGACAAGUCAUCAUGUCGAGUAGCACCUCUGACCAACAGGCAGCUGCAGCGGCACUCGGGAGUUUACAACAGCAGGAGCGUCCUCAGCCAUCAAUUGCAAGCCCUCGGGGAGAGAGGAGAGAGACUUCUUCCCAGGCGACAAAUAUCACACCACGAACAAGCCGGCCUAUGCGUGGAAUGGGGCCAGCGUCGCCUCCCCAGCAAGCUUCACCACCUGGGCCUAAUCCACCUAGCAUGCCAGCGGUGGCGCGGCUCCCACCUCAACCUCCAGUUCACCCUCCGACGAUGCACGGGAGCUACAAUACAGGAGCAGAACUACAGUACCACCCAAGUGCCUUUCAUCCCAGCCGUCCCUAUGAGUAUUAUGCGCCCCAAGAGCUCCCACCACCACCACCAUUCUACGCUUCAGCAUCCUUUCCCUCUGUUUACCCUCCACCUCCUGCCUCUUCCCCGGCUUCAUACAUGUCGUAUGAACGCUACAAUCCCAACAUGGCUGCUCCACACAUACCGCCACAUGCACCAGCUUGGCCACGCACCGGCCGAGUCCUACCUCCAGUGUUCCCAAUUGAACCGCCUCACCAUGCUGCCCCUGGGUAUCCGACACAACAAACUGAAUCGCUUGCGGAAUAUGAUAGAUUGCAGGUAGCAGAACGGCCACCGUUGGGAUAUCACGAUAGAGGGGCACCAGCACCACACCCGCAACAAGAAGCAGCAGGAGCUUUGCAACAAAGGCGGCAACAACAGCAGCAACCACAACAACAAGCUCAGGGAGGAGGGCUUGGUAACCCUCCUCCUCCACCACCACCGGCGGCUGGGGGAAGAAGUCACUAUCCUUACUAA